GAGAUCAUUGUCAUCACCCCUCCUCUCCACCUUGGCCAAUCAGAACAUGCUUUGCAUUCAUUGAGAAAAUGGGUGGACUGACAACUCAUGGGGCCCCCAGGCAAUAGGGGAUCAUGGGGCCCCUGUGUCCUUGCCCAAACUCAAAAAAGCCUAUGAAAAAGGUACCAGGGGCAUCUCAUGGGGCCCCCUACUGACCCCGGCCCUUGGGCAGUGCCCAAGUUUCCAAAUGGUCAGUCCUCCCCUGUACCUACCUAUUACAGUAAUGCCUACUACAGUGAUUUUCAGCUUCCAAGGGGAUCCCACAGGUACGACAUAUACAUAUUCAAGAUCAAACCCAUU